AUGGGACGAGAGAGACAACACAGUACGUCUUCUAUGCCUUGGUGGAUGCUUGUGUUGGAUCAGACAAAUCCGAUAGUUUCAAGUCUCACGGCGUGUUUUGUUCUUUACACGCACUCUGCUGGCGUGGCGUAUUUCGCUGCUGGUGCUGUUGCCUGCAAUCUAUCCGUCAAGGUUAUCAAGAGGUUCAUUCGCCAACCACGACCGGCCCAAACGACGUCCGCCCGUCAGAAGUCCACCUACGGCAUGCCGAGCACGCACACCGCCGUUAUCACGUACUUCGCAGCCUACGUCACGCUCGCUUGCGCUUAUCUUCCCGUACACCCUUCUCUGCCAUCUGGCGCUGUCUCUAGAGUCCUCCCGGUAAUCAUUGUUCUGCCAUGGGCAACUACGAUCGCAGUGUCGAGAACGUGGCUUGGUCACCAUACUUGGCCGCAAGUUGGUGCUGGUUUUGCCUAUGGUCUGCUCUUUACCCCACUCUGGUUUACGUUCUGGAUACACGGUGGAAACCACUACGGUAGGCUGCUGGAGCAAUAUCUCUUCGAAUGA